AUGUCCCUCUCUCCGCCGCCCGUUCCUCUCAGUCUACCCGUUGCAAAUCCCAAGAAACGAUCAUCUCUCCCUGGAUUAGCCUCAUCUUCACUGCCUGCCAAAAGGCCGCGGUUCCAUCCACUUCGCCAAACCUCUUUCCCUACUUCUACGGAUACAGACCCCCGCGUUUAUGUGGGCACUACGAGCGCAAGAUCGGAGAUUGAUGGCGCGAGCGUUUCGGGCAGCUUUACUGGUUCACUGAACGGGAGCAUUGACGGUACUGGUGUUGGAAAGGGAAGGAAAAGGAAGGCCAAAAAAGACCGUGACGAUGCGAGCGGAAGUGCUCGCGGUGACGCUGUUGGCGGGAAAGGCGUAUCUGCCAAGGGAGGCGUUGGUGACGAGGAAGCGGAAGAAGAAGAUGACGAUUUAGGAGAUACAGAGUUGAUGGGACGUGAUGAUGUUGCGGUGGAUGCGGAAGCGGAAAGGAAGAACCUUGCCAUCUUGAUCGAUGCUUUCAGCGCUGAGCAGUCAGAACGAUACGACUUUUUCAAACGCGCAAAGUUGAACAAGCCUACGCUGCGCAAAAUUGUCAAUCAAACGCUUUCGCAAUCCGUUCCACCCAACGUGAUCACCACAAUUAGCGGAUAUACGAAGAUAUUUAUUGGAGAGAUGGUCGAGAAAGCGCGGACCGUGCAGGAACACUCUCGAAGCAUAUGA